AUGGUACCUUUAGACGAGCUAAUCGAUCAAAUGAAGAUAAAAUUGAUAGAAGAAACCGAAGACACGCUCGAGUUUGACUUAAUUGGCGUUGAUGUUUCUGUGGCAAACGCGCUAAGGCGUAUUAUGCUUUCAAAUGUGCCUACUAUGGCGAUUGAAACUUGCGAAAUGUAUCAAAAUACCGGAGUCAUUCAAGAUGAAAUAUUAUGCCACCGUCUUUGCUUAAUUCCUUUUUCUGUCGAUCCAGACUUGUUUAACUUUAGAAAUUCUGACUGUGGUUUAAACAGCAAUAAUUCACUACAAUUUAGUUUAAAUGUGGUUUGUCCACAAGAAAUUAAAUGUAUGCCCAUUUACAGCCGACACUUACAAUGGAUUCCCAGAAACAAUGAGGAAAAACAUAAGUUCAAAAAUAUUAAUGUACGUCCUGUUUCAGAGGACAUAUUGAUUACCAAAAUCGGCCCUGGACAAGAAAUCAAUAUGUUCAUGUAUCUAGAAAAAGGUAUUGGAGCCACUCACGCUAAAUGGUCUCCUGUUUGCGUGGCAUACUAUAAAUUAAAAUCUAUAUUACGUUUGAAAAUAAACCCUGAAACAAACAUGUUUUAUUCCCUGUCAGAAGACGAGUUGAAAUUGCUACCAGAACCCGUUGAGUUUGACGAAAAAUCGGGCGAAGCUAACCAUUUUCACAACGAGUUGACUCCGCGAUUAGCUGUCGAGCAUUUUUCUCACAAAGUUGAGCAUUUGAAAGUAAAAGAUCAUUUUAAGUUCAUUGUGGAAAGCACGAUGGCUAUACCACCUAGAAGAGUCUUGAGUUUAGCUUUAAAAAUAUUUUUAAAUAAGUUUACUAAUAUUAAAAAAGAGUUACAAAAGUUUAAAGGUUAA